UCCUUUAAAAUUUCACAUUUUAUUCUAGAAAUAGUUUAUUUUCGUAAAGUCAUUUUUGAAACUAUUAUAAUUCUAUUUCCGUUGCAUUCAAAUUUUAUUUGUAACAUUACAAAUUUAUUCUUGAAUUAUUACAAUGUUGUUCUCUUUAAAUUACUAAUUUUAUUCUCAGUAAAAAUAAAAAAAAUCAUCAAUGUAAAAUGACAACUUUGUUUGCAUAAAAUUACAAUAACCAAAAAUGUAAAAUUAAGACCUUUGGCCACGUAAAAUUGCAAAUGACUUUCUACUUUAUUUGUGUGUUUGUGUGUAUUAUCUACCAAAACAAUUGCAUACUCCAUAUUUUCUUCCAUCAUGGCUUCCAGUUCAUGUCCUCAGCACGUGUCCCAAUACUUUUGUUCAUCUAGUGAGUUUGAAAUGGACUGACGUUGCAUUGACGCCGCUGCGCAUUUUGAUCUAUGCAAAGAUCUCUCGGCCUGCCGUAGUCUCCAAUAGAGGUUUCGAGGCUGAAAAUGUAGUUAUUUUUAUAUAUGCAUAAACAUAUAUCUCUUAUUUCUAUAAAGUGUAUAAGAGGCUGCUAAAGAGAUGCGAGUAGUGCAGUGGUGCCGGCUAACGAAGUAUCUGUGGCAUGCAGUUAAUAUUUCACAGUUGCCUACCAAAGUGUUCCAGUUUUUUUUUUUUUUAUUAUUAUUAUAAAAUGUCGGAUUGAAGAAUGUACGACGGGAAUCUUCCAAUGAUUGCGCUCAAGCCGGAACAAGAAGCACUUUGUUUUUGGGAGAGGGUUAUUUUUUAUUAUUAUUUUUUUUUUAUUUUAAAUUUUUGCCGUUUUGCUUCUUGGGUUUGGAUAUACGAGAGCUGCCGCUUGAAAAUACUUUUUUGGGGGCAGAGUGUGUGUGAUUUGCGCGCGACUCGUGUGGUUGUGUCCAGUUCUAAAACGAUCCUCGGCGCCGGAAUGAGCUUUUUGAAUUCCGAUCGUAAAAAUGUAUCUAAUUGAAGCUGAGAUGAAUACGCUCUGGCAUCCCCGUUUUCAAGGCCAAGGCUCUAAACGGUCAUCAAACUUUUGACGCCGUACUUCGCCCGCAUUAGUUGCCUGUUCAAAAAAAAAAAAAGCUUGCUAAUUUAGCGUUUCCUGUUUUUUCUGCCUGCUUCUAAUUGGGGCAAAUUUGCGCAUAUUUACACAUGAAAUUUAUGAACUAGUUUUGGAAUCUGAAAUCAAGGGUACUGGGUUUUUCCCAACUAUUGUUGUUGGGUAACACAAAAAUGCUCGUACAGUGAAUACUCGGUUCUCAAACUUCUCCGUUCUCGACCAAAUCGGUUUUUGAACGAAAAUUGAGAUUUUUUUUUUUUUUGCUUCUGUUUUCGAACGAAAAUCGGUACUCGAACGCCUGCGACAAACCCGGGAAUAGCAUAACGCGCGCGGCCCGAUCAGCUGACCCACGACACGCUUUAUUGUGAAUUUGAACGCGCCGCGAAAAAACCUGGAUAUUACAUAACGUGUGCGACCCGACCAGCUGACCCACAAUGCGCGUUGUUAUUGUGAAUUUGAACGCACCGCGAAAAAACCCGGAAAUAACAUAACAUAACGCGCAGAGACACGAAAAGCUGAUCCACGACGCACAUUGUUAUUGUGUAUAACGCAGCCUCUGUACGCAAACGUGGAAAAUAUCGAUUCGGUUUUCGAACAAAUCGGUUCUCGAACCGCCUUCUCGAACUGAUUGUGGUCAAGAACCGAGGUGGUACUGUUAAUUUCUCAACAUUAUCAUUUAUGAUAGGACAAUUUGAAAUUUUGGUACAGAUUUGAACAAAAAAUCAUGGAAGUUGAGACAUGAUUUGCCUGCGCGGGCCACAGAAAAUCAUGCAGCGGGCCGGAUCUGGCUCACAGGCCUCGACUUUGACACCGAUGUCUUAUUAGGUUUUGCGAAAUAAGACAUAUGGCGUUCACCCCAAACCGCUGCUUCAUGCCAAAAUCGCCAACUUCUUGUUUGAUUUCGGGCAGGGGUCCUUGAGAUUUUUUCCCCAUAUAUUAUGAUAAACACAUCCACCAUAUUUAAUGUUAAUUGGCAAAACUGGUGUCCCGGGCUCAUUUUUAUUUUAUUUUUUUGCUAACUCUCCAGCGGGCGCGACUGAGUGAAUUUUGGGCCAUUGUGUUCUGAACCCCUAAAACAAAAAACUAUCCAUCAUGAUACAUAUAAACUCGCCAAAAUGUUUGAGCAAGUUGAGCACCAAAAAAAACAAAAAAAAAAAGCCCCGUCUGGUGCUCGGCCCCUCAUAAAUAACGAUGCAGGGAUAACGAUCGACUCAUUAAAUCAUUGAUCGGGUGGAAGCUUUGGAAUUUUUUUUUUUUUUUUUUUUUUUUUGGGGUGUACAAUAAAUAAGUUGCUGUUUUAUUUAUUCGCUUAUUUAUUCAGUAUUUAUUGAUUUGUUUCAUUUUGUGCUGAUUCUAAUCAUUCAUUUGAUCACAUGAGUGUGUAUUUGACUUUCUUACUCUUGGUUUGACCCGACGGUGGUUAGAAGGAAGACAAAUGACAGCGGCCAUUGUCGAGGGUCCCCCCCCCGCCCCCGCCCCCGCCCCCUAGUGUAGUGUGGUUUCACAUUCAAUAAACUUGACAUUCUUUACCGUAUACUCCGAGUCGCUGGCAUUUUAUGUACAUUAUUUUUAAAAAAAGCUACAUGAAAAUAUGUAUUAUCUUUAAUGAGUGAAAGUCAGGACUAUUCAUACAUUUCUCAGAAUAUUGUGACUGUAGUGUUUUUAAAAAAAUGUAUAUUACAACGUUAAUCUGCUAUUUUCUCAACAUCACAAGGAAGUUGUGAAAUUAUAUAAAAAGAUUCAGUAAUGCACUGUAAAAAUGUAUUUGGCAAAAUUUCAUCCUUACUUGGAAAAAUGCUACUUUAAGUCAUAAUAUAUGAGAAUAAUAUCUCGGUGACAAACCCGCACAAUAUUACAUGCAAGAAAUUGCAACAAUUUAUUUUAAGAGAAUGAACUUAAUCACGUGAAAAAUUUAACAAAAUGAAAAAUUAAUACUUAAAAAAUGAAUUAGGUCACCAUAAUGAAACUGCUAUUUUAUCAAACUAAAGCCAGAAUAUUGCAUGGAAUUAUUUUUUAUUACUUUUUUUUUUUUUUUUUACAUAAAGGAUCAAGAUUUUAAAAGGCUAAACUUGUAAUAUUCAUAAUUUGUGUUGAAAUUGUGAAUGACACAACCAGUGAUUAAUUUUGUACACUUUUAAAGUGACGGCCGCACUCGAAUGUCAUUUCAAGCUAAUAUAGAUUUUAAAAAAAUGAAUUGCAUACUAAUUUUUUUUUUUAAGGUGCUGGAAAUAUGCAUGUCCAUGCCAUGUGAUAAAGACUCAUGAACGACCCAGGCUAAACUGAGCUCCUCCCCGACACACAAACAGCGAAUCGGUGAUUUCGAGACUAGCGAAUUGCAAAAGUGUGCGACUACUCUACACGUUCAGUCCGUAAAACCGCGUUUGACAGAAAAUGGGUGACUUCAGGUGGGUCGCUGGCUCUUGUGCCCCUCACGUGCUGUCGACCGCCAACGCGGCUGUGCCGCGGUGUCAUUUUGUAGCUUUCCUUUCAGCUCUGCGCUCGGGCACCUCUCGGCCUAUUCUCUCCGUCCAUCCCUCCAUCCCUUUAUCCGCGGCCCUCUAUGGAUUGGGUGGGGGGAGGGUGCAGUGACCCCGGCUGUGCGCUGUUUGGGAUGACCUCAUCUUCAACGCCACCGCCCUUCGCUCUGUGUGUCUCUGGCUCUCUCUCUGGCCCGCAGAAUAGGCCCAGGAUUAGACCUAUAAUAGCGGCCUGGCAGCCCACUGCCGGACUUUAUUGUGGCUUUGUGUGUGUGUGUGCUUGUGCGUGUGCAUGUGCAUGUACGUGCGGGUUUGCGCGUGAGUGGGGCAUUACAUUCUGUCUACAAGGUAGCACGUCCGCACACCAGAUUAUAGACAAGUGUGGAUCGAUCCAUAUGUAUUGAUAAUAUCGAUGAACCAUAAUAAAAACUAAAACCAGUCCAUCCAUCCAUUUUCUUUGCUGCCUACGGGGAGAACAUGCAAACUGGGCUAUUUGUCUCUAUUUGCCCUGCGAUUGGCUGGCAAACGGUUCAGGGCGGACCCCGCCACCUCCCCGUUGACAGCUGGGAUGGGCUCCGGCACUCCCCGUGACCCUCGUGGGGAUAAGCGGCAAAGGAAAUGGAUGGAUGGAUGGAGAACCAUACAAAUUAGCCAGGGUUGCGGUUAGUUCCGGUAUACAACUGCUCCAGACUCUAAAAGGCAAAACUGCCCCCCGGUGGCCAAGGUAGGUAUACCAAAAGGAGCAGCACGAUGACUUGAAUCGAGGCAUUAAAUGUUAAUGCUCAAAAACGUUUCAUUCUUUAGAUUCUAUUGAAUUAUGUUAUUAUUCUGUGUUUUUAUGUUAUAAAGUGCUAUUUUAUUACUAAAAACAUGACUCCAAAAGUAAUUUUGAAUCAUAUACAUAAAAUAAUAUUUUUUGUACAUACAUAGAUAAAAAAUGCAUAAAUUAAUGGCAUUUUAAUUAUUUUCAACAGGGUAAGAUUAUUGGAAAUAUGAGUGUUUUUGUUUUUUUUAAAAAAAAAAAACGUAUGGUCCAUGAACAAUAUUGACACCAUUGCAUGUGUACUUGGUAUAAAGGCAUAUUUGAGAAACAAGAAAAUAUAUUUUCUUGUAUAAGAUUUCAACUUCAUUCUUGUCGAAAUAAGAAAAAAAAUGUCAUGAGAUUUUACAAAUUACUUAAGUAAGGAAAUUAAAAAAAAACUCACUAUCAUAUUGGAGAUACUGUCCAUGUAACUACUUGGCAUCCUUGCUAAAUCUUGCAGUUUUCCUCAUAACUAUAAAAGAAUAUAUUUGCACUUAAAGUUUGACUUUUAUUUACCCCCCAAAAACGCAAACACAUGGCGAGAUUAUCCUAUGCUUCCCUCUAGCGGUUUGUUUUCGCACUGACGUUAAAAGGUCACCCGGAGAGAAAGAGAGGGAGAGAGAGAGAGAGAGAGAGAGAGAGAGAGCGCUCUCCCAUCGCCUUGUUGUAGUUGCAGAGAGCCGCGUGACAGCGUCGUGUUUCAGCUUGCAGAUGCCGACAGAUGUCCCCCAAGACGCACUCAAGACCGAGGAGGACCCCCUCAAGAGCGACCCCAUGACCCUGUCCAGCACGCCGACCGUCCGGCGGGGCAGCACCCCGCUGCCCGUCAAGCACCAGCUCAGACGGGAGGAGGCCGUGCACGACGACUGCGACUGGUCCUCGGACGCGGCCUGCCACGCCUCCGCCCCGCCGCCCGUCCGCAUCGGCCCGGCCCCGCCGGACGCGGAGGCGGAGGGCGGCCCCGACGGCCCUCUGAGGAUCGCCCUGCUCGGGCAGAACGGCGUGGGGAAGUCGUCGCUGGCCUUCGCCUUGGCGGGGGACGCAGACACGACGGCGUCGGUGGAUUCUGACGGGGAAGGUCACGUGAGCGCCGUCACCGUGGACGACGAGGAGAGCACCGUCGUUAUCUAUGACAACUGGAGACACGACCUGUCGUCGCUGCGCUGCGAGGUCUGCGUGUUGGUCUUCUCGGUGACCGACCGGCGCAGCUUCCACCGCACGGCGCAGCUCCGCCUCCUCCUGCGAGAGACUCAGCCGCAGACUCCCAUCAUCCUCGUGGGCAACAAAAGCGACCUGGUCCGCUCACGUGAAGUCACCGCUCAAGAGGCCAUGUCCAGCGCCGCCCUCUUCAACUGCCUCUAUCUGGAGAUUUCGGCCUCUCUGGACCACCGCACCCCAGAGCUCCUGGAGAGCGUGGUGCGGCUGGCGCGGGGCCAGCCCCCCUGGCCCCCGGGCGCCGGCCCGGAGGACGUAAGCGGCGGGGGCCAGCGGGAGAGCAUCACCACCCGCGCCAAGCGCUUCCUGUCCAGCCUGGUUCCCCGCUACCAGCGCGAGCGAGGGGACGCCGGCAGGUUCCUGCGGCAGAAGUCGCGCUCCUGCCACGACCUGGGGGCCCUGUGACCAGGAAUGACGGCGACGCUACAUCCAACGGGGUCAAAGUCAGUCUCAUCACGGGACACUUCGGAGUUAGGGUUGUCCUCACCGGGCAGAGAAUACCGGUAAAACCACAUGUAGUUGAUAUAAAAAGUCUACACACCCCUGUCCUGCCCCCCACCCCCAACACCAAAAUGAGACCAAGCUAAAUAAUUACCACCACUACCACCACCAUUAAUACAACCUAAACAAGUGAAACAACGUGGUUGCAGAAGUGCGCACACCCGCUCGUUUCAUUCAGGGUUAUGCGCAACUGUGCCAUUUAAUGUGCCCCUGAUUAACCCCAUAUAUAGUUCAGCUGUUCCGGCAGGGUUCUCCGUAAAACAGUUCACCCCCCCCCCCCCCCCCCCACACACACACACACAUACACACACACACUUUGAGUUGUGCAGCUUAUAUAGUCGGCAUUUUGGACAUGGGCGUGUCAACUUUUUAUAUCCAUUAAUUGUAAACGCAGGACUGCAAGGAGCGUAUCGGCAACAAUAUGGAUUCGGUACAUACCUCGCUUUUAAGUUCACUGUUUGGUUCAAAUUUAGUAAUGUAACAAAAGGAAUAGGGGAAAAAAAAAACUGCUUCUGCUUUAUGUAACUAGCAACUGAUUUUAAUAAUAUUUAAAAAGAAAUCUUUUCCUUUUAGGAAAGCGCAACACGAAUAGCUCGUCUUCUUUUUUUUUAGGAAACGAACGAUGCAAGGCAAGGGCAACGGUGUGGAGUUUGUCACCUGUGUGCUAAAUGGAAGACUAAUAAUCUCAUGUUUUGUAUUUAUCCAUCAUGUACAAAAAAGAAAAAAAAUAUGCUUUCAUGUAAAUCAGCUGCAGUAGUGACACGUCAAUGUGAAUAAAAGCCUUUUUUUGGUUUUUUUACUCUUAACAAAACCUCGUUUAUCUCGGUUACAACGAGGAGGCAGCAGUGCAGCAAUGCUGUUGACUUUGCAUACUCAAAAGUCAUUAGAUAUGAUGAUGAUGAUGAUGAUUCAUUUACUCGCAUUUGGGGUUGCCCUGGCGACGGCGGGCAAGCCGGGAACCACUGAAUAGUAAGCAAGGGGGGGGGGGGUUGAGGAUCGCCGAUGUAAGGGAAGAGGGCAAAUGUGUGCAUUGUUGCCACGAUACGGUCGGCAUGGAGACACGGAGCCAUCAUAACGCGCGUUGUUGCGGCGGUGACGUCACGGCGCUUUUUUACCUCCUCUGCCGCGGUUAUGCAUUUGCAAUUUGGACCGGCACCUUCUCCCUCCUCUUCAUCAUCUUCUUCUUCUUCUUGGCCCUCAUCCGCCAUCCUCCCACUUUGGACGCCCACGUGGGCACCAGGAUUUUGGGCAACAUCAAAGGUCAUUUAACAAAGCGAGGAAGGCGGGGGGGCUGUGCUAUAUUAGGACCCCCGGAAAAAAAAAAAAAGUAUAAUAAGUAGAAUGAUGUUCUGACUCAUUCCC